AUGCGAAAUGUCUCUGGAGAUAAACGUAAAUAUAAAACAAGAUAUAUAUUUGUAAUCUUGAGAGAAUAAACAAACGCAGUUUUUUUUUUAUUUGCUGGAUCGGUUUGCGUAACAAAACACGGCUACUGCGUGUGGUCCAAAAAGUCCGCGCAAAAAGUGCGCAUCGCGGCGCAGAUGUGGAUAAAACACACAGGUUGGACGUACGCAUGCGUUCGUCACUUGCAUAGGAGAGAGAAAUGGAGAGAAAAUAAUCAUCACGGGCUAGAGCUCUUUCGCGCGCAACCUUGUUGUGUGAGUUUUAUUUAUUAAAUUAGAUAUAUAUAUAUAUAUUGUAGAAAAAAAAUAUGGGAAGUGGUAGCAAAUUGUUAAAAGUCCUCCUGCAAGCCUCAGAGAAGGCAGCAAACAUUGCGAGAACUUGUCGCCAGAAGGAAGCGCUAUUUCAGUUGCUGGUACAAGAAAAAUCCCUGGAAGAAAAGAAUCCUCGUUUCUUUCAGGAUUUCAAGACGUUAGCUGACGUUCUCAUUCAGGAAACCAUCAGACACGACAUCGAAGUUGAAUUUCCAGAGUUGGCCAAGCUAGUUCAAGGCGAAGAAACUAAUGUCUUCAGUAAUACUUUGGGAGAGUCUAUUAUCGUGGAUGUCUGUUCAUGCAGCGAGGACACAGCACAGCUGUUAACUAAAGUUAUGGGCAACGAUGCAGUAGCAGCUGAAUUGCUCGCUGCUGAAGUUCACAAGGACGUUCAGCUCUCGGAUGUGCCAGUUGAGUUAGAUAUUCCUAAUGAUUUUGACAUCAAUGUGGAUGAUCUCGGUAUUUGGAUAGAUCCAAUCGAUUCAACAGCAGAUUACAUACACGCAAUGGAGAUGGUGGACGAGCAGACUGGCUUGCAUUUAAGCGGUUUACGUUGCGUCUCUGUAUUAAUCGGAGCGUAUAAGAAAAGUACAGGAGUGCCGAUUUUGGGUGUAGUUAACCAGCCUUUUUGCACCAAUGUGGACUCGCAGUGGACGGGGAAGUGUUACUGGGGUUUCGUGGGAGGUGGGAUAAGCAAGUCUUCCAUAAAUAUCACGGGUAAAACCGAGGACAAAAUCGUCUUGAUCAGUCGCUUCGAAGACGCGGACGUAAAGUCGAAGCUUGUGAACAGCGGAUUCCGACUGCUAGAAGCGACUGGAGCUGGGUACAAAAUACUGAGCGUCGCUCUCGGACAAGUGGCCGCUUACAUUUUGUCGAGGGGCUCGACGUACAAGUGGGACACAUGCGGGCCGCAGGCUCUUCUGUCGUCCGUAGGCGGCGGAAUAAUCGAGUUCAAAGAGUUUGUCGUGAAUCCACACUCGGACAAUCUGAGCGUGAAUUAUUUGCCAAUAGGCACGAAUUUUUCCAAUCGUUUAGGUUUGAUAGCGUACAGAGAUCCUCAGAUUUUAGAAACUUUUAAGUGCAUUUUGUGUAAGUCGCAUUGAAAUAAAUACGACGGUAUAUGUGACUUCGACGCAGAAAUACACGGACGGAACGUAAACAAUUAUUUUGGAAAAAGGAUAUUUUUUUGACGAUUAGAGAUAAAAAGAAAACACAUAAUCACCGUGUGGCUGUGUCUUGUCUUUACUGCUAACCUUUCACAUCUCGCAACAAUUGUGUGCGUUUCGGCUGUAUAUUUCUAUGUCGAUAAUGUGCAAUACAACGUGAUAUCGUGUCAUAAAGAUUCCUUUUCUCAAUAAGCAAGUCUCUCACGUAUGUUUAAAGUAAUAAAGUAAAUUCUAUGUGUGUUGAAUUUUAUUCGAUAAAUUUUAUGUAAAGUUCGAAAAGUAUUUUCAUAAAUUUUCUCUUCGCUAUAUAUACGUUACAAUAUUAUCUGUGAAUUCCGAGACUCGAUCGUCCACGAUGCUUAAUAUAAUAUAGAGAGAUGACACUCUCACGACUAUAUUAUAAUAAUAUUUAUUGUUCAGAUUUAUUAUCGCAUCAUUAUUUAUUUGAUGUAAGCUAGUCGUUGAAUGUUAUACAAUAAAUGGUAGGUACAAAGUACGCAUCUUCGGUAUAGAAUUUUGCAUAAAAUUUUUCUUUGUUCGGAAGUUUCAAGUCAAUUUCUUUUCGAUAAGUAUAUAUAUAUAUAUAAAACACAUCAAAACCUUUAAAUUUUGACAUUUGUAAUCUUUGUCUUGAUAUUUAUUCUCCCAUUCUAAUAUCGAUUAAUCCUUCUCCGCCGUGAUAAUGCGGCGUGGUUUCCGAUUGAUGGUUGUUAUUAGGAAUUUCGGGUAUCUUUGGAAACUGGUUGUGAGUUCCCUCUCGUGUAGGAUCUUUUGUAAUGACAGUCCAGUGAUUACCAUCUUGCUGUUGGUGAUGAUUCUGAUGUCCAGGUGGCUGGGAUUGCCAUU